AUGAGCCUGCGCCGUGCCCAUCCCUCAUUUCCGCUUCCCGUCCCGACCGUCCCGGCCCGUCCCGGCGCUUCCCGCCACCCGUAUCUCCGAGGAAAGGCUCGCCAUCCGCCCGCCAGGAUGUCGUACAUGCUGCCGCACUUGCACAACGGGUGGCAGGUGGACCAGGCCAUCCUGUCGGAGGAGGACCGGGUCGUGGUCAUCCGCUUCGGGCACGACUGGGACCCGACGUGCAUGAAGAUGGACGAGGUCCUGUACAGCAUCGCCGAGAAGGUUAAAAACUUUGCUGUUAUUUAUCUUGUGGAUAUCACUGAAGUACCAGACUUCAACAAGAUGUACGAGUUGUACGAUCCCUGUACUGUCAUGUUUUUCUUCAGGAACAAACACAUCAUGAUUGAUUUAGGUACAGGUAAUAACAACAAGAUCAACUGGGCAAUGGAAGAUAAGCAAGAGAUGAUUGACAUUAUAGAAACUGUUUAUAGAGGAGCCCGCAAAGGUCGAGGUUUGGUGGUAUCGCCAAAAGAUUAUUCCACUAAAUACAGAUACUGACGUUUCUUUGGAAUGCCUUUUCUCUCAGCUCUACAUCCACUUGAAUUUAUUAUUGCGUGUGUACAUAUAUGUAUAUUAAAAAAAAAACAACUACAAAUCCUUGAA